AUGGUCAAGUUUUCUUUGUUGGCAUUGGCCGCUUCGGCUGGUCUGGCUGCGGCGAGAGAUGUAUUCUUGGAGUGGAACGUUACCUGGGUCAAUGCCUCGCCCGAUGGCUUUGAGCGGCCUGUAAUUGGUAUCAAUGGCGAGUGGCCCUGCCCUCAAAUCGACGUCGAUGUAGGUGAUACUUUGAUUGUCGAUGUAUACAAUGGCCUGGGUAACCAGUCCACCGGUGUCCAUUGGCACGGCAUGCACCAAUAUGCCACGGCAGUGAUGGACGGAUCGAGUGGUGUGACCGAAUGCGCGAUCCCUCCUGGCUCUCAGAUGCAAUAUCGCUUCACCGUCAACCAAACGGGAUCAUACUGGUAUCACUCACACGACAUGGGCCAAUACCCCGAUGGUUUCCGCGGUCCUUUCAUUGUCCACGACCCCAAAGCUCCUUUCCAUUACGACGAUGAGUUCACACUCACUUUGACCGACUGGUACCACGAGCAAAUGCCCAUCCUUCUCAACGACUACUUGUCCGAGCAGAACCAGGCAGCCUUCCACGGUAGAGAGCCUACUCCCAACUCCGCUCUCAUCAACGAUGCGGCCGAUACCAAGAUCAAGGUUCUACCAAACAAGACCUAUUUAGUGCACAUCGUUUGCAUUGGUAACUUCCCAGGUCAUACCUGGGUAAUUGACGGACACGAGAUGACUGUUGUCGAGGUUGACGGUAUCUACACGGAUCCCUAUCCCGCUGGAGACAAGUUCUUGCGAGUUGCAACCGGGCAGCGUAUGAGCGUCUUGAUUCACACCAAAUCUGACACCAGCAAGAACUUUGCCAUCUUCGAUACCAUGGAUGUCAACAUGAUGUUCUUCUAUGAGCACAGCACCCCUCCUCCAGGAUACAACCCCAACGCGACAGCCUGGUUGGUCUAUGAUGAGACCAAGCCCUUGCCCGACCCUCCAUCUUUUGCUUCGUUCGACAACUUCGUCGACGACGUGGCACUUGUGCCUGCUGACCAUGAGCCCCUUCUCGAGCCCGUGAACCACCAAAUUGUGUUGGACACCGCUUCUGCAGUGAUCAACGAUGUCGCUCGCUUCACUGUGAACAACAAGACCUACAUCCCCCCCAAGGUUCCUACCUUGUACACUGCCACCACCGUCGGUACCGAGUACUCAUCCAACCCCGAAGUGUAUGGUGAUGUCAACCCCUUCGUUCUGAAGUAUGGUGAAGUCGUUGAAGUUGUGAUCAACAACCACCACCCCAACUUGCACCCGUGGCACUUGCACGGCCACCAGUUCCAGGUUCUGCAGCGAACGGGUGUCAACGGUGGCUACUACAACGGCCUUUUCAGCAACGUUUCCCAGACUCCUAUCAAGCGUGAUACCAUCAUGAUUCAGAACAAUGGUCACACAGUCAUUCGCUUCCGUGCCGACAACCCUGGUGUCUGGCUGCUCCACUGCCACAUCGAGUGGCACAUGGAAGCUGGGCUUGCGGUAACCCUCAUUGAGGCGCCCGAGACUUUCCCGGAAACUUUGAAGGCUCCCCCUAACAGCCACUACAAGGCUUGUGCCGCUUAUCCUAGUCUCACCUCUGGCAAUGCCGCCGGUAAAGAGGGACUGGACCUGACAGGAGCCAACACAGAGGUUAUGGAGGGUAGCGAUGGUGCUAUGUACAAUGCGAAGGCACAGAGCAGCGCUGCCCACGUCUCCUCUGCGGCACCUAAGCCCACCAGCGAGGCUCAGGCUCCUGCCCCCCAGCCGACCAGUGCGGCCCAGGCCCCACCUCCCAAGCCCACCACACGGACUCCAGUCCCUAAGCCCACUACCCGGACCCCUGUCUUCAAGCCCAGCACUCGGACCCCGGCCUCCAAGCCAACCCCCAAAGCCCCCGGCUUUGCGCCCCAGCCCGCUGCGCCCACUCCUGAGCAGUCUCCCGCCCCCUCGGCGCCAGCCGUCGCUCCCUCCACCCGCCCUGAGUCCUACCCUGGCUACUACUACGAACAACCCCCUUCUCAGCAGGAUGAUGAAAAUGCCGAGACUAGCCCCGUAGACGAAGGGCAGCCUCCACUUCAGAAUUUCUGGCCUAUUCCUGCCGGUGGACAAAAUACCAACAAUGAUGACUCUGGUUUCGAUGAUCUAAGCGAUGUUCUCGCGGGCGCCGGUUUGAAGAAGUAUCCCAAUGGACAGUAG